UCCCCUCCGGUCGCCGUCGGCUCUGCAACUCAGUCGGCCGGCGCCCGGGCGUGGCGUGCAGGGUGAGAGGGGAACCUGAGGUGUGAAGACCCUGGUUCGCGCCCACACAGGACUGCCCGCUGCGGGCAGAAGCCACGCCCUCCACCCCCCCAGGCCCGCCGCCACCGCCGAGUGGAAACCACCGGCGCUGACCCGGCCCCGAGUCCCCGCGCACCCCGGCCGGGCCCCCAGAGCGCCUACUCCCGGGGCUGGCGGCGGACGCGGCGGGCGCGGGAGGCGGAUCGGCGGGCGCCGGCACCGGGCACCCGCGGAAGAAUACACAAUUAUAUUCCAGAGUAGACUGUUCAUGGCCAUUAGAAGAUGCUCAUUGGUACUUGUUUUUAUAACCUUGUGGCUGUCAACUAAAGCAAAAAUAGAUGUGUGCAAGAGAGGAGAUGUGACUGUGAAACCUUCCCAUGUAAUUUCACUUGGAUCAGCUGUCAAUAUUUCGUGCUCUCUGAAACCCAAACAAGGCUGCUGGCACUACUCCAGUUUUAACCGGUUAAUCCUCUAUGAGUUCAACAGAACAAUCAGUUUUCACCAUGGUGGCUCCCUCAGUACUCAAGUCACAGAUCUUCCCCUUGGGACAACCUUGUUUGUCUGCAAACUGGCCUGCAUCAAUAGCAAUGAGAUUCGAAUUUGUGGGGCAGAGAUCUCGGUUGGUGUUGUUCCAGAACAGCCUCAAGACUUAUCUUGCAUACAGAAGGGAGAGCAUGGGACUGUGGCCUGCACCUGGGACAGAGGACGAGACACCCACCUAUAUACUAAGUACACUCUAGAGUUAAAUGGACCAAAAACUUUGAGUUGGCAGAAGCAGUGCAGUGAUCAGUAUUGUGAUCAUUUGGACUUUGGAUUCAACCUAACCCCUGAUUUACGUGAAUCCAUUUUCACAGCUACAGUUAUUGCAGUGAAUGUUCUUGGAAAUUCUUCACUUGAGUCUGUGUUCACUUUCUUGGACAUAGUGAGGCCUCUUCCUCCGUGGGACAUCAGAGUCACAUUUCUAAACGCUUCCAGCAGCAGAUGUACCCUUCAGUGGAGAGAUGAGGAGUGGGUGCUGCUUAAUCGACUCAGAUACCGGCCCAGCCGCAGCAGGUCCUGGAAGAUGGUUAAUGUCACAAAUGCCAGAGGAAGACAUGAUUUGCUGGAUCUGAAGCCGUUCACAGAAUAUGAAUUCCAGGUUUCUUCUAAGCUACAUCUUCAUAAAGGAGGCUGGAGUGAUUGGAGUGAAUCAUUGAAAACACAAACACCAGAAGAAGAGCCUGUUGGAACAUUAGAUGUCUGGUACAUAAAGCAGCAUGUGGACUACAACAGACAACACAUUUCUCUUUUCUGGAAGAAUCUGAGUAUAUCAGAGGCAAGAGGGAAAAUCCUCCACUAUCGAGUGACCUUGUGGGAGAUGGCAGGAAGGAAAACUACACUACAGAACCUCACAAGACACACCUCCUGGACCUGGGUCGUUCCCAGAACUGGAUAUUGGGCUGCAGCUGUGUCUGCAGCCAACUCAAAAGGCAGUUCCCUGCCAACUAGUAUUAACAUAACAGACCUGUGCGGGGCAGCAUUGCUGGCUCCUCGCCAGGUCUCUGCCAACCCAGAGGGCACAGACAGCAUCCUGGUGAGUUGGCAGCCUCCGGAGAAAGCUGGCUCUGCCGUUCGGGAGUAUGUGGUGGAAUGGAGGCAGCUGCUUCUGGAGGGCGACGCGCGGCCCCGUCCGAACUGGCUGCGGCUCCCGCUGCACAGUGUGUCUGCUGUGCUGUCAGAGAACAUCAAACCCUACGUGUGUUAUGAAAUCCACGUGCAUGCGCUGUCAGCAGGCCAAGGAGGAUGCAGCUCCAUCCUGGGAAACUCCAAGCACAAAGCUCCGCUGAGGGGACCCCAUAUCAGUGACGUUACAGAAGACAAGGGAAGUGUUUGGAUUUCAUGGGACCACUUUCCAGCCCAGGAGCAAGUGGGCUGCAUCCUCCAUUACAGGAUAUACUGGAAGGAACAGGACUCCCAUUCCCAGGCUCAGCUCUGUGAAAUUCCCUAUAGAGUCUCCCAGAAUUCACAUCCAAUAAACAGCCUGAAGCCCAGAGUGACAUAUGUCCUAUGGAUGACGGCUCUGACAGCUGCUGGUGAAAGCCCCCCAGGAAGUGAGAGGGGAUUUUUUCUGCAAGGCAAAGCCAACUGGAGCGUGUUUGUGGCACCAAGCAUUUGCACCGCUGUCAUCAUAGUGGGCAUUUUCUCAAUGCGUCACUUCCGGCAAAAGGUGUGUGUUCUCCUUUCAGCCCUCAGACCUCAAUGGUGUCGCAAAGAAAUUCCAGAUCCAGCAAAUAGCACGUGGGCCAAGAAGUAUCCCAUUGUGGAGGAGCAGGCGCAGCUGCUGGUGGAGAGGCUCCAGACACCCUGGUCCUGUCCUGAAGAGCCCGAGCCCCUGGCCAUCAGCGAAGUCUCUCAGCAGGGGACCGCCAUCUUGGGACAGCCCCAUCGCCCCACGUGCUCAGAAAGCGGCCAAGGUCACCGUAGCUCGGAGCAAGACACAGCAGCGCUCAGUGCCUGCAGCCCGCCACCCCCCGGAACUCUCCUGGCCGAGAAGAGACAGGCAGUGGACCUGUACAAGGUGCUGGGCAUCAGGGGCCAGGGCCCAAUGCUGGGGAGCCCAGCCAGCCCCUUGCCAGUCCUCCCGGUGGACUACCUCCCCACCCAGGAGGGCUACUUGUCCUCCAACAUAGAUGACCCCCCUCCAGGGAGAGGCCCUCCCCCUGAGCCUGCGGAAGAUCUGGCGCCUCUGCACGUCUCUUUUUCUGUGUUUUCAAACUCCCUUCACCCGCUCCCCUUCUCCUGUGGUGAGAAGCUGACCCUGGCUCACUUGAAGAUGGGCUGUGACGCCUCUCGGGCUCUGAGUGGUGAGACUUGAAGGCUGGGAGUCGCUGGGCCGCCAACCAGCACAGCGAUGCUCGUCCACCCAGCCUCUCUCCAGUGCUGCUACCAUCAGGUGUGGCUGCAGCAAGAGGCAGGUAAGCCAGCUCCGCGUGGAUCUCAGAGACUGAGCUGGCCUUCGCCGAGAGCCGUGACAAGACCUACUCCGCCACGCGCAUCAGAGACUCCGGCCUGCAUUCCUGCCAACUUGGCUGCACUGGCCAGCAAGCAAGGAGGGGAGGAGAGGGGGAACCAAAACUCUGAGCAGUGAUGACCCACAAUUCAGAGGCCCAGUCACUCAACAAGUAUUUGUAAAGUGCCUACUACGCACUACAUACUACGUAGGCUCUAGGUCAGUACUGGCCAAUAGAACUUGUUGAGAAGACAGAAGCAGCCCACAUCUGCACAGUGUGUUAACCACUUGGAAUGUGCCUAGUGCGACUGAAGAAUGAAAUUUUGAUCGUUGUUAAGUAGGCACACAUGGUUCGUGGCUACCGUGUUGGAGAGCACAGCUCUGGAUGGCGGAUAAACUUGUGAGCAUUACGAGUCUUCAAAAUAAAUCAGCCUCGUUUUAGAAAUGAGGCCCAGAUGGUCA